GUAACUAGAAACUCUCUAUUCCCGCACAUCCACACGCAAAUCGAGUCCAUGGUCUAACCAGGUGGAGUUAGUUUUAUCGGCAGUUAAAAUGUCGAUGACAAAACAGUCAACGAUGGAGAUCAUUCACGUCAAGCUAAUAUGCCAAACUCACAUGGGAGAGGGAUAAAUACGAGGGGGUUGAAAAGUAACAGAAGACUUGGAGAGAGGAGAGGGAGGUAGAUGAGGGUGAGGGACGCACGUAGUGCAUGAAGCCACAACCUCUUUCAAUGUGCUCUCCCCCUUCCCCACCCCCUCUCAGUCCGAGCGCCUCGUUACUUCCACAACGGCAUUGAUAUUAUUAUCAUUAUUGGUCUCAUCAUGGCCACCUCCAUUAUUUGUAGCAAUGUUGCAAAUUUGUGAAUGCCGUCUUGACCUCAAUUCCCACCUCCAUUUCUUCUCCUUCCUCUAGCUCUCGCUCUCGCUCGCUCACUCUCUCUCCACCCACCCUCACUGGGAACAGAACAAGACUAGGAGCUCGGAGUACCAUAGUCCUUCGGUACGACUCUCUUUGCCUUCUGAUGGCUCCGGAGUGGGAGAUGGCAAUGAUGGGAAUUGGAGCUUGCUAUUCUAUAAGCUCAGCGGCUGUUGCACCACUUCCCAGCACCAGCGCUGCUCCCACUUCGCCUGCUUACCUCUACGGUCCAGUUCCGCCCACCGCCGACGCCGGUCUCUGCGUCGAUGACCUCCUCGACUUCUCCCAUCAUGAUCUCUUCCCUCCUGUUGCCACCGACACCCUUUUCUACGCUACCACGACGGUGGAGCCGUCGUUGACCACCGGAGGCAGUACGCUAUCAGAGGAGACGUUCUCUGUUUUCCGAUCUCAGCAGGCCUCCUCCGACCUUUACAUUCCACACUGCGAGGACGCAGCAGAGCUGGAGUGGCUGUCCAAGUUUGUGGAGGAUUCCUUCUCCGACGUGCCUUACGAGACCGGCGCGGGCAUAAUAACGCCUCGGGUGGAGCAGUCGGCCAACGGCCCUGGAGCUCGGAGCAAGCGCUCGAGCGCCGCUGCUGGUGCGGUAGCGGCCGAAGCUUGGUCCUCAAUGGUGGCGCCAUUACGGCCACCAGCUCAGAACUCGCCUUCGUCUUCGUCUUCUUCGUCCUCCUCCGAGUUCUCGAUGCCCAAGCCAAGGGGGAACGGUGGCGACAACAUCAAUAGGAGCAACAGAGGAAAGAAGGGCGUUAGCGGAGGAGGAAGAAGCGCGGGGAUGGAAGGCGGGGCGGCGCGGCGAUGCACGCACUGCGCGUCGGAGAAGACGCCGCAGUGGCGGACGGGGCCGCUGGGGCCCAAGACGCUGUGCAACGCAUGCGGGGUGAGGUACAAGUCCGGGAGGCUCGUGGCGGAAUACCGCCCGGCGGCGAGCCCCACCUUUGUUCUCACGCAGCACUCCAACUCCCACCGCAAGGUGAUGGAGCUCCGCCGCCAGAAGGAGCAGCUGCUCCGUCGCCAUCACCAGGAGAACCACCCCUCCUCUUCCGCUCAGCCGGAGCUGCUGUUAGGCGACUACGGGGCUUGCUAAGCUGCAACCGACGCUGCCGUCGCAGGCCGACAGUCCCUUCCACCUCUCAAGGACAACUCUCGUUUGUUUCUAAUUCUUCCUUGAACUCUCCACAAAUCGGACGGUUGAGAUCUUAGCAAUCUCCUUUCUUUUAUGGAUAUCUUUUCCUACUUUAA